UCAUAUUAUUAAUGGCCAAAAGGCACUAGUAACUCUUAAAGACAUUCAGGUAUUCUUUGACAUCCUUGUAUCAGAUGAUGAAUCUCCUGAUGAAUGUGAAACAAAAAUAAGGGAUAUUUUAUCCGGUAGUGUGAAGACAUUUUCAGUAAAGCAUAUUAAGGCAUUUCCUUUUCUUGUUCAAGAUAAUAACUUUGAAACUGCUUCAGAUGAUUUAUACUUAUUUCACCAUAAG